AUCUCAUCUCUCGGUUCACUACUCGUGCAAGUGUAGCUACCAUGGCUGGUAGAACAGCGCGUGUGGAGCUCUGCGCUCUUGCCUUCUGUGCUCUCCUCAGCCUCCAGCUCGCCUUGGCCUCUAGAUCCCUGUAUGGAACUGGAGCCGGAGGUGGAGGUGGAGGCGGCGGCGGUGGGGGCGGUGGAGGUGGUGGUGACUCUGGAUAUGGUUCAGGUUACGGCUCCGGAUAUGGUGAGGGCGGCGGUAGGGGGAGUGCGGGAGGGUAUGGUAGAGGAGGAGGAGGUGGAGGCGGCGGUGGCGGGGGAGAAGGAGGAGGUGAAGGCGCUGGCUCCGGUUCCGGGCAUGGCUAUGGCUCUGGCUCUGGAUAUGGUGAAGGUGCCGGUGGUGGGAGUGCUGGUGGAUACGGUAGAGGAGGCGGCGGAGGUGGCGGCGGGGGAGAAGGGGUUGGUGAAGGCUCGGGAUAUGGGUCUGGCCAUGGCUAUGGAUCCGGCUACGGCGCUGGUGCUGGUGGCGCUCAGGGUGGAGGUUACGGGAGUGGUGGAGGGGGUGGAGGUGGCGGUGGAGAGGGCUCGGGCUCGGGCUCCGGCUCCGGCGCUGGUUCCGGCUCAGGCUACGGUAGCGGAGGAGGAAACGGUCACUACGUGCUGGUGGAGGGAGUGCCGGAGGAUACGGCAGAGGCGGAGGCGGAGGCGGAGGAGGUGGUGGUGGUGGCGGAGAAGGGGGCGGUGAAGGCUCGGGAUACGGCAACCAUGGCUAGUAGAACUCGUGUUAGGCUUUGUGUUCUAGGCUUCAUUGCUCUCCUUAGCCUCCAGCUCGCCUUCGCCGCUAGAUCUCUGGCUGGAGUUAGCGCCGGAGGUGGCGGAGGAGGAGGAGGUGGAGGUGGAGCUGGUGGCGGUGGCUCUGGAUAUGGUGAGGGUGCCGGUGGGGGGAGUGCGGGAGGGUCUGGUAGAGGGGGCGGUGGUGGCGGUGGCGGUGGAGAAGGGGGUGGUGAAGGAUCUGGUUUUGGCGCCGGACAUGGCUAUGGGUCCGGUUAUGGGGCAGGUGCCGGUGGUGGGAGUGCUGGAGGAGGAGGCGGUGGCGGCGGGGGAGAAGGCGGAGGCUCAGGCGCCGGCUCUGGGUAUGGACAUGGCUACGGCUCCGGGUAUGGUGAAGGUGCUGGUGGCGGGAGUGCCGGAGGAUAUGGCAGAGGUGGCGGAGGCGGCGGUGGUGGCGGCGGAGGGGAAGGUGGUGGUGAAGGCUCUGGAUACGGUUCUGGUCAUGGCUAUGGAUCCGGCUAUGGUUCUGGCGCUGGCGGCGCUCAAGGUAGAGGCUAUGGAAGUGGUGGAGGGGGUGGAGGUGGUGGUGGAAUGGGCUCCGGCUCCGGCUCCGGCUCUGGCUACGGUUCUGGUUAUGGUUCUGGGUACGGCGGCGGCGGCGGCGGAAAUGGCCACUACUAGAUUUAGUUCUAUAUACCAUUAAAUUACGUGCAAUAAGAGCUCUGUUGCUGUAUCAGUAAAACUUAUUAUGACAUGUGCUGAAUACAAAAUACGUGGGAGCUUACUUGCUAAUGCAAAUAAUAACUUCAUGUUGGUAUAGCUUCUUGCUUGGAUUUAUAUGGGAAAUUAUAUUAUGACAGCUUAAUAUAUAUUUGGUA